AUGGGUUGUACUUCAACAAAAAACAAAUAUAAACGAGACCUUUGUUUUUUGAAUAUUCCUAUUCAAACAGGAAGAAAUAUGUGUAAAGAGGAAGGAAUAAUCUCUAGAGAAUACAAAAAAAGUUCAUCUUAGAAUAGAACUUUAAAUUAAUAACAAAUAAUUACUUAUAAUAAUGAAAGUCCUCAUAAUUAAGAGUAAAAAUAUUGA